GGAAACUUUGAAAGUUCUAGCAUCACCUCCUAAAACACCUCGCCACGAGAUAAACCAGUCACACAAUUCCACUUCAGCAGUCGCAGGCGGUUUUCGCGCCACCUUUCUGUUUUCGUCUCCUUCCGUCGUUUGGCGGUUUCCACUAUAAGAAAUAUGUUAUUAGGGUUAGGGCUUCACUGUCUACACACUCCGAGCAGCUAUAGCGACGGAACCCCCAGCUCAUGAAACGAUGUCGCUUCUGCGACGGAGAUCGCGAGUUCAAAUUUCGCCGGAUUUAACGGAAAUUGAAAAUAAUCGGAACGGUGAGGAUGAUAAGGAUACGGUGAAGAGGAAGGAGAAGAUAAGGAAAUGUAGAUGUGUAGACAGUUGUUGUUGGUUGAUCGGAUUUAUAUGUUCGAUGUGGUGGUUUUUGUUGUUUUUAUAUAAUGCAAUGCCGGCUUCUUUUCCGCAAUAUGUAACGGAGGCGAUAACGGGACCCAUGCCCGACCCGCCCGGUGUUAAAUUAAAGAAGGAAGGGCUAAUGGUGAAGCAUCCGGUGGUUUUUGUGCCAGGAAUUGUUACUGGUGGUCUUGAGUUAUGGGAAGGUCAUCAGUGUGCUGAGGGAUUGUUUCGGAAACGUCUUUGGGGUGGCACUUUUGGUGAAGUCUACAAACGACCUUUAUGCUGGGUUGAGCAUAUGUCACUGGACAAUGAAUCUGGACUGGACCCUCCUGGCAUUAGGGUUAGGCCUGUAUCUGGACUUGUGGCAGCUGAUUAUUUCGCAGCAGGUUAUUUUGUCUGGGCAGUUUUAAUUGCUAAUUUGGCUCGCCUAGGUUACGAGGAGAAAAGCAUGUAUAUGGCUGCAUAUGAUUGGAGGAUAUCAUUUCAGAACACUGAGGUUAGGGACCAAACUCUGAGCAGGAUAAAAAGUAAUAUGGAACUCUUGGUAGCCACUAAUGGUGGAAAUAAGGUGGUCGUCAUUCCACAUUCUAUGGGUGUUCUGUACUUUCUGCAUUUUAUGAAAUGGGUUGAGGCACCGGCUCCAAUGGGUGGUGGGGGUGGACCAGAUUGGUGUGCGAAGCAUAUAAAGGCAGUGAUGAAUAUUGGUGGACCAUUUUUGGGCGUGCCGAAAGCAGUUUCAGGACUUUUUUCUAAUGAAGCCAGAGAUAUUGCUGCAGCCAGAGCUUACGCACCCGGAUUUUUGGAUAAAGAUGUUUUUGGUCUUCAAACUUUGCAGCAUUUAAUGCGGAUGACUCGUACAUGGGAUUCAACCAUGUCUAUGAUACCAAAAGGCGGGGAUACAAUAUGGGGUAGCCUUGAUUGGUCACCUGAAGGAGUCUACAGUUGUGGUUCAAAGACACCAAAGAAGAAUAAUACCAACAUUGCCAGUCAAACUGGGAAAGGUACUGCCAGUUUUACUGAAGGUGUGAACUAUGGGAGAAUUAUAUCAUUUGGGAAAAAUGUGGCUGAGCUCCAUUCAUCCAAAAUUGAUAGGAUGGAUUUCAGGGAUGCUGUUAAGGGCAGUAACCUUGCAAACAACUGUGAUAUCUGGACAGAAUACCAAGAGAUGGGUGUUUGGGGUAUCAAAGCUGUUGCUGAUUACAAAGUUUACACAGCUGGAUCAGUUUUAGAUCUGCUGCAAUUUGUAGCUCCUAAGCUUAUGGAACGUGGCGAAAAACAUUUUUCACACGGGAUUGCAGACAAUUUGGAUGAUCCUAAGUAUGAACACUAUAAAUAUUGGUCAAACCCCUUGGAAACAAGAUUACCAAAUGCUCCAGAGAUGGAGAUCUAUUCUAUGUACGGAGUUGGAGUACCCACUGAAAGAGCAUAUGUUUACAAGUUAACUUCAGCUGGUGAGUGUGCUAUUCCCUUCCAGAUAGAUACAUCAGCAACAGGUGGCAGUGAGAACUCAUGCCUAAAAGAUGGAGUAUUUUCCGUUAAUGGGGACGAGACGGUUCCUGUUUUAAGCGCUGGGUAUAUGUGUGCAAAGGCAUGGCGAGGGAAAACCAGAUUCAAUCCUUCGGGCAUCCCUACGUUCAUAAGGGAAUAUAAUCACGCCCCUCCUGCUAAUCUUCUAGAAGGUCGAGGAACGCAAAGCGGUGCUCAUGUCGAUAUAAUGGGGAAUUUUGCAUUAAUCGAGGACAUUAUAAGGGUGGCUGCUGGAGCUACGGGAGAGGAGCUGGGAGGAGACCAAGUUUAUUCCGAUAUAUUCAAAUGGUCCGAAACGAUCAACUUGAAGCUGUAGAUUUAUGCGGAAUACUUGUUUAUACGGUUUCAAGAAAUGGAUGAAGCAUUACUGAAAUGUUUUCAUUACACUCCAAGGAAAACCCUCUAUAGAUUUUGCGCUGCAGCCAAUUUAUAAAGCGAGGAGAUAAUUUAAUGUUUGGCUCACAUUUGACGAGGAAUCUAUUGCAAUUCCUUGAGCAAGGUUGACGACAUUCGCUGAUGCACUUUGCAAGAUUGGUCACAUGAUUAGAUCCUAUGAGUUGAAUUGUGUAGUUACGUGAAAUUUUGGAUAAUUUAUGUAAUUUAUGGAACAUUUUGUGAAUAAAUUGUGUUGGGAAGUUUGUUUGUUCUGCCUGGACAUGGAAUCUCCCAAAACGGGAUAAUUUACACUAACCAUCAUUAACUAUUUUCUUUCGGAACUAUUGUCAAAAUUUGAUUGUGUUAGUAAUUUUAAUUUUUUUAA